AUGGCUGAACUUUCAGAGCCAGAAGGUACUGUAAACUGGAAGGAAAGAUGUUUAACGCUGGAGUCACAGUUAAUGAAAUUUCGUCUCCAGGCAAGCAAGAUCAGAGAAUUGUUAGCAGAAAAGAUGCAGCAGCUUGAGAAACAAGUUAUAGAUGCUGAUCGUCAAGCAGAGAGAGCUUUUCAGCAGGUGCAGGUCAUGGAAGAAAAAUUAAAAGCAGCUAAUGUUCAAACAAGCGAAUCAGAAACUAGGUUGUAUAAGAGAUGUCAAGAUCUGGAGAUCCUGAUACAAGAUAAAAAUGACAGAAUACAAAAAUUGGAGCAACAACUUGAAGAACAGAAGCAAAUAAGACUGCAAGAAGCAAAAAUCAUAGAAGAAAAAGCAGCUAAAAUAAAAGAAUGGGUGACAGUCAAGCUCCAUGAGUUAGAGGUGGAAAAUCAGAACCUUCGCUUGAUCAACCAAAAGCAAACCAAAGAGAUGAAAACAGUACAAUCUAAACUGCAAGAAGCUACGGGCAAGAAAUCUGCUACGUCAACACAAAAACCUGGAGAGUGUCAGCGACUAAGCAGUUUGACUUUUGGAUGCUUUUCAAACAGAGCAAGAAGUCCUCAACCAUCUCCCAAGUUUGAAGAAAUAAGCAAGUCUUCACCUGAAGAGUCAGACUACACCGAAGGCAAAAACAUGCUAGAGAAGGAUAUCCUGGAAACUACUUGUGCUGGUCCUGCACAUGAGAGCAAUAAAGGUCAGAAGUCAUUGCAACAAAGUUCCUCUGGAUCAGAUCAGAACAAAAAUGUGAGAACGAGCUGUUCAUCUAAAGACAUAGACAGUGACAUGUCAAAGAACUCCUGCACUACCGGGAGUGACUGGAGCUCGGACGAGGAUGCAGGAGACAAUAAAGGACUGAAAUCUAGGUGUGCAUCAACUCUCUCAAGCCACACAUCUGAAGAGAAUGCCAGGUGCAGUAGAAUGGGCAGUGAAAUGUGUUUGACAGCAUCUGAUGACAGUAGUUCUCUAUUUGAAGAAGAGAGUUUUGGUGUUCAGAGGACUCAGCACAAGAAGUUAUACUCCUGGCAGCAAGGGGCCCAAAGAAAAGGCCAGAGCAAUCCAGGUGGAAAGUCCAACUCUGAUUUCACAAGUAAAAAGAAAGACCAAGAUAGUUCUUCAGAUGAACUGAAUAAGAAAUUUCAAUCUCAGAGUCUAGAUUAUUCAUCCUCAUCCAGUGAGGCAAAUACCCCAAGUCCAAUUUUAACCCCUGCUCUGACACCCAAAUACCCAAUUCUAGCAACUUCUGCAGGUUCUCAAUGCACAACGCCAUCAGAUUCUCCCUCAAAUUUGCCACCUCCAAAGUUACGGACUCCUAAUGUGUUUAGUAUAAAUUCAGCAUUAGUAAAGAAACAUCUAAGCCAGCCCCAGCUGAGUUCUGACAGAAUGUUUGGCAGAAAUAGAAAUGCCAUAAGCAUGAUACGUCCAUGGAGACCUCAGGAAACAGACAUUGAUCUGGUGGAUGGAGAAGAAACUGGUAUUUUAGAGAAAAUGGAGAUUGGCUGUGAUGAAGGAGUGUUUACCUAUGACUGCACUGAAGCACAAAAUGCUGAAGCCCAGGAACCUGGUGAUACGACAAAAAAGGGUGCUAACAACAAACCUCCAACCCCUCCAUUACAUCGAUUUCCUUCCUGGGAAAGCAGAAUUUAUGCUGUAGCCAAAUCUGGUUUAAGGAUGUCUGAAGCUUUCACCGUGGAAUCUCUUAACAAAAGUGCUGUUUCACUAACAUCAUACUCCAUAUCCGGAUUAUAUACAUCUCUGAUAUAUAAGAACAUGACCACUCCUGUCUAUACCACUUUGAAAGGGAAAGCAACUCAAAUAAGCAACAGCCCAUUUAUAGAUGACUCGUCAGGAUCUGAGGAAGAAGACAGCUCUUGGUCCAGCUCAAGGACUACUGAGUCUGAUUCUCGAAGCAAAAGUAAUCCGGGUAGUCCUCGGGCUAUGAAACGAGGGGUGUCUCUGUCUUCUGUGACCUCAGAAAGUGACUAUGCUAUUCCUCCAGAUGCAUAUUCAGUAGAUACAGACUGUUCAGAGCCAGAGCAGAAACUUCCGAAGACCUCUUCCUCAUCUAGUGAUAACGGAAAAAAUGAACCUUUGGAAAAAUCUGGAUAUCUGUUAAAAAUGGGUGGUAAAGUAAAGACCUGGAAACGACGGUGGUUUGUGCUUAAAGGAGGCGAAUUACUAUACUACAAAUCUCCAAGUGAUGUCAUUCGAAAACCUCAAGGUCAAAUUGAGCUAAAUGCAUCUAGCCACAUUGAAAGGGGUGAUGGAAAACAAACAAUUCAGCUGACCACAGAAAAGCGAACAUACUACCUAACUGCAGAUUCUCCCAACAUCUUAGAAGAAUGGAUCAAAGUACUACAGAAUGUUCUUAAAAUACAGGCAGCCAGCCCACUUUUCAUACAGCCUGAAAUCAAGCCAACCAUGAAAGGAUUACUUACAAAGGUGAAACAUGGAUAUUCCAAACGAGUUUGGUGUACCCUAGUUGGAAAAAUUCUGUAUUAUUUCCGUAAUCAAGAAGACAAGUUUCCUCUUGGUCAAAUCAAGCUUUUUGAGGCAAAGGUUGAAGAAGUUGAUAGAUCAUGUGAUUCUGAUGAAGAUUACGAGGCUAGUGGUCGCAGUUUAUUAUCAACACAUUACACUGUUGUUAUCCACCCUAAAGACCAAGGACCCACUUAUCUUCUUAUAGGAUCCAAACAUGAGAAGGACACGUGGCUUUAUCAUUUGACAGUUGCAGCUGGAAGUACCAGUGUAAACGUUGGAUCUGAGUUUGAACAACUUAUUUGCAAACUGUUAAAUACGGAAGGUGAUACCACUUCUCAGAUUUGGAGACAUCCUACCCUUUGCCACAGCAAAGAAGGAAUUGCUUCCCCUCUUACAACGUUGCCAUCAGAAGCCCUACAAACUGAAGCAAUUAAAUUAUUUAAGACAUGCCAGUUGUUUAUAAAUGCUGCAGUGGACUCUCCUGCCAUUGAUUACCACGUAUCUUUGGCCCAAAGUGCUUUGCAGAUCUGCCUCACACAUCCUGAACUUCAAAAUGAGAUCUGUUGUCAGCUUAUUAAGCAGACUAGACGUCGACAUCCACAAAACCAGGCAGGACCGAUACAGGGCUUGCAGCUCUUGGCUCUCUGUGUUGGACUCUUUCUGCCCCAGCAUCCAUUCCUUUGGCUUCUUAAACUUCACUUAAAGAAGAAUGCAGAUUCCAGGACUGAAUUUGGGAAAUAUGCAAUAUAUUGUCAGCGAUGUGUAGAGCGUACCCAGCAGAACGGAGACCGAGAAGCCAGACCUUCCAGAAUGGAAAUCCUUUCUACUCUUCUAAGAAAUCCCUACCACCAUUCACUGCCCUUCAGUAUUCCAGUUCAUUUCAUGAAUGGCAUAUAUCAGGUUGUUGGGUUUGAUGCCUCUACCACAGUGGAGGAAUUUCUGAACACCCUGAACCAGGAUACAGGAAUGAGGAAACCAGCUCAGUCAGGAUUUGCACUGUUUUCUGAUGAUCCCUCUGGCAAGGAUAUAGAGCACUGUCUUCAAGGAAACAUCAAGAUCUGUGACAUUAUUUCAAAAUGGGAGCAAGCCUCCAAAGAACAACACCCUGGGAAAUGUGAAGGCACAAGGACUGUCCGGCUUACUUACAAAAAUAGGCUUUAUUUUUCAGUUCAAGUCCAUGGGGAGACAGACAGAGAGAAGCUGCUGCUAGUAUAUCAGACAAAUGAUCAAAUAGUCAAUGGACUUUUCCCCGUAAACAAAGAACUAGCAAUGGAAUUGACAGCUCUUUUAGCUCAGAUAGAGAUUGGAGAUUUUGAACGGCCUUUCUCAACUCCAGCAGGGCAAGUCACUUCCCAGUCCAAGUCCAGUCAAACAUUGAAACAAGUUUUGGAAAGAUUCUACCCUAAGAGAUACAGGCAUGGUUGUUCAGAGGAACAAUUAAGACAGCUUUGUCAGCGAUUGUCUACAAGAUGGAUGGCUCUCCGGGGGCACAGUGCUGCAGACUGUGUGCGCAUUUAUCUCACUGUAGCCAGAAAAUGGUCUUUCUUUGGUGCUAAAUUGUUUGCAGCAAAACCUCUAGCUACAUCCUCAGUUGAGAAGUCCUUCAUAUGGUUUGCAGUACAUGAAGACGGCAUAAGCAUCCUAGAUUACAGCUCUAUGCGAUUAACAGUUACAUAUACAUAUAAGAGUCUGAUGACUUUUGGAGGCUAUCAAGAUGAUUUUAUGUUGGUUGUUAACAAUGCUCAGACAAAGGACAAAUCAACUGAAAAACACCUUUUUGCCAUGACAAAACCAAAGAUUCUUGAGAUCACUCUACUGAUUGCCAGCUAUAUUAACAACUUUCAUCAGCUGAAAGGAGCUGCUCAUCACCUCUCUGCUCCGGCAUUACUGACACCUCAAAGUGGACAGAAACUCAAGGAAAUGGGGAGUCAGCCACUUCUUGCAAACAACAGACCAACUAAAUGUCCCACUUUGUUAUGAAAGGAUUAUGUAUUGUGAUAAUGCAUCUUUGGUACAGGGUUUCUACACCAAUUGAAAACUUUUUGAUGUACAAGACAUAGAGGAUAAGCAGGUCCAUAAACAAAAGAAAGGGAGACAGGUUUAUAUUCA